GUAACGCUAUUGAAUUUCAUGAUAACUUCAGAAGGAAUGCAGGAUCAGCUUCUUGGAAUAGUAGUUGCAAGAGAAAGACCAGAUCUUGAAGGAGAAAAACAAGCCCUCAUCCUUCAAGGGGCUGCAAAUAAAAGGCAAUUAAAAGAAAUAGAAGACAAGAUUUUAGAAGUUCUUUCGGCUUCGGAAGGAAAUAUUUUGGAGGAUGAAACCGCUAUUAAGAUAUUGUCUUCUUCCAAAGUUCUGGCUAACGAGAUUUCUGAAAAGCAAGCUGUAGCCGAAGAAACAGAAAAGAAGAUUGAUGCCACUCGUAUGGGCUAUCGUCCUAUUGCUGUCCAUUCAUCGAUCUUGUUUUUUUCUAUUACCGAUCUAGCCAACAUUGAGCCGAUGUAUCAGUACUCUCUCAUGUGGUUUAUUAACCUUUUCACCAUGUCUAUAGAUAACUCAGAGAAAUCAGAAGAUUUACAAACAAGGUUGAAGAUUCUCAAGGAUCAUUUCACUUACUCUCUUUACGUCAAUGUCUGUCGUUCACUGUUUGAAAAGGACAAGCUGCUCUUCUCUUUUUAUCUAACUGUGAAUCUCCUGAAAUAUGAGAAAAUGAUUAACGAGAAUGAAUGGAAAUUCCUGUUGACCGGUGGCAUAGGCUUGGACAAUCCCUUCUCUAAUCCGUGCACCUGGCUUCCUCCGCAAUCAUGGGAUGAAAUCUGUCGGCUAGAAGACUUGCCGUGCUUCACGAACAUUCGUAAGGAUUUUACGCGACUUAAAGACGGAUGGAAAACCGUGUACGACAGCUUGGAUCCUCAGCACGAGGAUUUUCCUGCAGAGUGGCAAGAAAAGUUGGGCGAAUUCCAAAGGAUGCUCAUCAUUCGCUGUCUGAGACCUGACAAGGUAAUACCAACAGUGCAGGAAUUCAUCAUUCACAACCUGGGCCGUCCGUUUAUCGAGCCACCUCCAUUUGAUUUGUCGAGAGCGUUUUCUGACAGCCACUCUUGCGCACCACUGAUAUUCAUACUUUCUCCCGGUGCCGACCCCAUGGCAGCACUUGUUAAGUUUGCUGACGAUCAGGGAUACAGCGACACAAAACUCAGUUCUCUGUCGCUCGGACAAGGCCAAGGCCCGAUAGCCAUGAGAAUGAUAGAGAAGGCAGUGAAGGAAGGAACGUGGAUAGUUCUGCAGAAUUGCCAUUUGGCAAGCUCGUGGAUGCCCACGCUGGAACGAGUGUGCGAGGAGCUUAAUCCAGACACAACGCAUCCGGAUUUCAGAAUCUGGCUCACCAGUUACCCGUCUGCCACAUUUCCCGUGUCCGUACUUCAGAACGGAGUGAAAAUGACGAACGAAGCGCCGAAAGGUUUACGAGCAAACAUAAUUCGUUCGUACCUGAUGGAUCCCAUAUCUGACCCUAAUUUUUUCAACAGCUGCAAAAAAACGGCUGAGUUCAAGGCAUUGCUGUAUGGCCUAUGCUUCUUCCACGCGCUGGUGCAAGAAAGGCGGAAGUUCGGGCCACUGGGUUGGAACAUACCAUACGAGUUCAACGAGACGGAUCUGCGCAUCAGCGUGCAGCAGCUGCACAUCUUCCUGGACCAUUACGAGGAGGUACCUUACGAUGCUCUGCGCUACAUGACCGGGGAAUGUAACUACGGCGGCAGAGUCACCGACGACUGGGAUCGCCGCACACUCCGUAGCGUUCUGAACACUUUUUUCUCAUCAGAAGUCAUUACAAAUAGAGAUUACAAGUUCGAUUCGAGCGGCCUUUACUUCGUUCCUCCUGAAGGUGAUCACGGAAGCUACAUUGAAUAUACCAGGAUGCUCCCACUGAAUCCUUCCCCAGAGAUAUUUGGAAUGCAUGCCAAUGCUGAUAUUACUAAGGAUCAGUCAGAAACACAGUUGUUAUUUGACAGCAUUCUUCUUACUCAGUCCAGGGCAGCUGGUACAGGUGCCAAAUCCACGGAUGACAUUGUUCAUGAUGUGACAGGUGACAUCCUGAGUAAACUGCCCAGUGACUUUGACAUUGAAACAGUAAGCAGAAAGUACCCAACUGCCUACAGUGAAAGUAUGAACACAGUGCUUGUUCAGGAAAUGGGAAGAUUCAACAAAUUGUUGCACAUGAUUCGUGAGUCUUGUGUCAACAUCCAGAAAGCCAUGAAG